AUGCAAACAGCUAAUAAAAUUAAUGGAGAACCAAUGCGUCGAUGGUAUCCUUUAGGAGUUGAAGCCCCUAGAAAAGCUUCAUUUAGUCAAGGUGAUAAUGUUGCUGAACUAGAAUUUCCUUAUAAUGGUGAUCAAUAUGAUUCAGAGCUUAUGAAACGAGCUGUUCGAUUAAUGAGACUUGGUUAA